UCAUUGAUCACCACUCUGCUCUGUGUUCAUUUCAUCAACAAUAACUAUGACAAAAUAUUUGUCAACAACCUAUUUUUCCUGACGAAAACGAAUCACGAUAACGAGAAGCCAUUAAAAAACGAAAACGGUAACAAGUUAGUUUUCAUUUUAGUUGAUGAAAAUGUGACGAUAUGAUAAUUCCACAUGAGACAAAUUGGCAUUCAAUUUGACAUUAAGCUCCUUUAUCUGUUUUUUUCCAAUCAUAAAUAUGCAUGCCUUUGCAGAAUAUGUAACGCAAUCCUCACAUUGGCAGAAUUAACGUCUUUCAGUUGCACGGCCUGAUUGAGCCGCGGUGAUCUGCCCAGCUCUCCCACACAUGUCACUUCAGUCACUCGUCAAACUUUUUAACUGAUGCAUAGCCAGCAGGCCAGGACACUUCCAUUGUAACUAACCUUAAAUAUAAAUAAUGUUUAGUCUCUCUUACUUUCAAUGUAGGCUUAGUUUUGCUUUGACCACAUCGGACUGGAAGUUAUAUUUUCCCAUGUGCGCUGUUCUUCAUCUGUGUUGAUGCUCUCACGGUCGGAAAAUGUGAGCGCAGUUUAUUUCAGAUUUGAAAUAUUUAAUGCUAUUUGCUGAGUAUUAGGAGUAUUAGCCGACCAGCUGGUUCUCUUUCUGUCGAACCAUCUGUUUUCCGAGCGCCUCAGAACGGGACUUGACAGGAAGCCUAUGGCAGGAGCGGACGAAACAACUGGUUUUAAUUGGCUGAUCUGAGGCUAUCACCAUCUACUGCAACCCUUAGAACCUCCCUCGAAGUGUCCUGCAUCCGGUGGGCAGUAUUAUUAUUAUUUUUGUGUUCGUGUGCAACGAAGAGAACGGUUAGCUCGUGCAACAUGGAUAUUACAGAAUCGACUAUAUCUUAAGUGUGUAAACAGCAUUCAGUUGACAUCAGUCUCUCUCGUGUUACAGGACGGCUAGCAGAGUUACGCUGGCUAGCUAUUAGCAUGAACGGCGAUAUGUGACGCACCAUAACAAAACUUUUCUGCAUCGAUUUGGUGCCACUCCUCACAGUCGUGUGAUUCGCUCAGAAUUGGAAUUGAUUAUCAUGUCCCUCAGUAAAUCCCAAACGGUCCCCACUGUUACCAGGCUCUAUGCGUCAGCAAUUGGAGCCUGGAGACGAGGUUAGGAGUACAGUAAUAAUUAUGGCAUUGUUGGAAGGCUCAGAUUCUCCCCCUUUUAAAGGAAUCACUGUUAUUUACCCCCAUCCAAUGGUUAUGAUUGGGAGAAAAGAGCUCUAUGCCUAAAUUGUUUGACCUGUAGCCAAGGCUUUGAAGCUUAUAUGGUAAUAGUAUGUCUAGUUGGACAAGUCUGUUUGAAUGUGCACAUGAUGGAAGUAAGAGGUAAAUACAUUAUACAUACAAAAGUAUGUGUAUGUAACAGUUUAGCUUCCGUCCCUCGCCUCGAACCAGGGACCCUCUGCACACAUCAACAGGGGAACAACUACUUCAAGGUCUAAGCGAUUGACAUCACUUAGAGCUAUUAGAAAUGCUAUUACCGCGCACCACUGCUAACUAGCUAGCCAUUUCACAUCGGUUACAUGGACACCUCUUCAAAUGAGUGGAUUCGGCUAUUUCAGGCACACCCGUUGCUGACAGUGCUGCUGUGCCCUCGUGUGUGGACGUCCCUGGAGAAUGGGAGGGUGGCGCUGAAGCCCCCUGGGCCACCGGUGGAGGGCACCGUGCUGCACUACAGCUGCCAUGCUGGCUUCAUGCUGGAGGGCAGGAACAUCACACACUGCACCAAACUGGGCAAGUGGGACUCACCCAAACCGGUCUGCCUCUAUGACAGAAACUACAAAGGCAAGAAGAAACUCUACAUCGGAGCUCUCUUCCCCAUGAGCGGCGGUUGGCCGGGCGGCCAAGCAUGUCUCCCCUCUGCGCAGAUGGCUUUGGAUCUGGUAAACAACCGGACGGAUAUUCUGCCGGAUUACGAACUGGAGCUGAUAUACUAUGACAGUAUGUGUGACCCAGGGGAGUCCACCAAGUUGCUCUAUGAUCUGCUCUACACAGAGCCCAUCAAGACAGUCCUGAUGCCCGGCUGCAGCUCCGUAUCCACACUGGUAGCAGAGGCUGCUCGCAUGUGGAACCUCAUAGUGUUGUCCUAUGGCUCCAGCUCUCCAGCCUUGUCCAACAGGAACCGCUUCCCCACCUUCUUCCGCACCCACCCCUCGGCCACCCUCCACAACCCCACCAGGGUACGCCUCUUCCAGAAGUGGAAGUGGACAAAGAUCGCUACCAUCCAGCAGACCACAGAGGUCUUCACUUCGACUCUGGAUGAUCUGGAGCAGAGGGUGAAGGAGGCUGGGAUUGAGAUCAGUGUGAGACAGAGCUUCCUCACCGACCCGGCUGUCGCUGUCAAGAAUCUCAAGCGUCAGGAUGCCAGAAUAAUUGUGGGGCUCUUCUAUGAGACGGAAGCCAGGAAAGUGUUUUGCGAGGUAUUUAAGGAGAAACUGUAUGGGAAGAAAUAUGUGUGGUUUCUGAUUGGUUGGUACGCUGAUAACUGGUUCAAGAUCAAAGACCCGUCCAUCAACUGCACCAUCGAGAACAUGACAGAGGCGGUGGAGGGCCACGUUACCACGGAGAUCGUCAUGCUCAACCCCGAGACCGUCCGCGGAGCCUCCAACCUGACCUCUCAGGAGUUCCUGGGGGCGUUGAUGAACCGGCUGGGGGGUAAGAACCCGGAAGAGACAGGGGGCUUCCAGGAGGCCCCUCUGGCCUACGACGCUGUCUGGGCCCUGGCCCUGGCCCUCAACAAGACUGUGGCCCCUCUGAAGGCCAAAGGCCGCAGGCUGGAGGACUUCAACUACAACAACCAUGACAUCACAGCAGAGAUCUACCGCGCCCUCAACACCAGCUCAUUUGAAGGCGUGUCUGGCCAUGUGGUGUUUGAUGCCCAGGGUUCCAGGAUGGCGAUGACCCUUAUUGAGCAACUGCAAGGAGGCAGUUAUAAGAAGAUUGGAUACUACGACAGCUCUCAGAAGAAUCUCUCCUGGUUCGGCAACGAUGUGUGGAUAGGUGCCGGGCCCCCGGCUGACUCGACAAUAGUCAUUGAGGAGUUUAGGUACCUCUCUCAGAAGCUGUUUGCUGCUGUGUCUGUCUUCGCUGGUCUGGGCAUCCUGCUGGGCAUCGUCUGUCUGACCUUCAACAUCUACAACAGCAACGUCCGGUACAUCCAGAACUCCCAGCCCUACCUGAACAACAUGACGGCAGUGGGUUGUAUGAUGGCCCUGGCUGCUGUGUUUCCCCUGGGGAUCGACGGACACCACAUCCACAGGUCCCAGUUCCCUGUGGUCUGUCAGUUCCGUCUGUGGCUGCUCGGCCUGGGCUUCAGUCUGGCAUAUGGCAGCAUGUUCACCAAGAUUUGGUGGGUACACAAUCUCUUCACAAAGAAGGAGGAGAAGAAGGAGAAGAGGAAGCACCUGGAGCCAUGGAAACUCUAUGCAACAGUUGGAGUGUUACUAGCCAUAGACAUCCUGUCACUCAUGAUUUGGCAGAUUGUGGAUCCUUUACACAUCACAGUAGAGAAGUUCACUAGGGAGGCCCCUAAAGGAGACUUGGAUGUCCUGAUUCAGCCCCUCCUGGAGCACUGCACCUCAGAGAAGAUGAACACAUGGCUCGGUGUAGUGUAUGGCUACAAGGGACUGCUGCUGUUGCUGGGGAUAUUUCUAGCCUACGAGACCAAGUCUGUUUCCACGGAGAAGAUCAAUGACCAUCGAGCCGUGGGGAUGGCUAUUUACAACGUGGCUGUGUUGUGCAUGAUCACGGCUCCCGUCACUAUGAUCCUCACGUCACAGCAGGACGCUUCCUUUGCCUUUGCCGCGUUGGCCAUAGUGUUCUCUGUCUACAUCACGCUGGUGGUGCUCUUCGUGCCCAAGAUGCGCAGGCUGAUUACGCGUGGUGAGUGGCAGUCGGAGCAGCAGGACACGCUGAAGACCGGCUCGUCCACCAACAACAACGACGAGGAGAAGUCUCGCCAGCUGGAGAGAGAGAACCGUGAGCUGCAGAAGAUCAUACAGGAGAAAGAGCAGAGGGUAUCGGAGCUCCGCAACCAGCUGGUUGAGAGACAGGCCCUGCGCAACCGACGACGGCCCUCCUCCGGCACCAAUCAGAACCACAGCAACCCGUCCCCGCCCUCUUCCCAGCCAGACCCCAAGUCUCUCCUGCCUCCACCCGGUUACCCCAACCCCGCGUCGGACAAUCACUCCUUCUCCAACUCCUCCAACCUGUACCAGGCGGACAGCAAGAUAAGUCGCAACCACUGUCACAACAGCCAGAUCCCCCUGCUCUACAAGUGAAGGGGGUGGGGGUGGGAAGAGUGCAGAGCACACGGAGGAACGAACACACAUGGAGGCACUGUGACUUUCACUUGUUAUGGAAAAAGAGCACAAGCUACUGACAUUGACAGAGUGAGUGGAGGCCCACGACGGCAGAGGGCUUUUCCAUUCACUACAGGCUGCGGUGAGGCGAGUCACCCGGGGUAACACCAGUCUUUCUCCCAGUCAAUCUCACUGUGGGAACCUGAAGCACUUAUGACUAGUAAUACGAGUUAUUGAAUAAGAGACGAGCACAUCCCAGAGUAACCCUCAGUCUACUUGUGGAGACAAGAAAAUGGCCAGAUCUCCCCUUUUCACUCCUCCUCUUUCCUCCUUCCCUUUGUUUUCUCGUUCUGUUGUGCAGGUGUAUCUAGGUUCUCCGGGAGGACUUUGUGUACUGUGUGUGUUUGCUCCUUUUUGACUCCCGUCUCUAUUUGUCUCUUUUUGACUCCCGUCUCUAUUUGUCUCUUUUUGACUCCCGUCUCUGCCUAUUUUGUCUUCUGUUUGUUGAAAUAGCGAAGCACAUGGUAAUUGAUUAAUAUUGUUAUUGCAUAAUGUAUGAUAUGUUAAGUCAUGGAUUCAGUGUUGUGCCCUAUAUCUAUUUAGUUCAAUAGUUCUUUCUUUUU